AUGCCAGUCCCUCACUUCUCAACCCCGCUUCUCUUCUCUCCGGUUAUCGUCGCCGUUAUCCUCAUCUUCUCCGGCCACCUAGCACAGUCGUUUUCCUCCGAUGUCACCUAUGCCGACUGUGACCGAACCUUCUCAUGCGGUUCCAUCAGAAAUAUCUCUUACCCAUUCACCGGAGGCGACCGGCCAGACCACUGUGGCCUGCCGGAGUUUCGACUCAGUUGCUGGAACAAUCAAACCGAAUUCACCACCAACUCAGUCACUUACCGAGUUCUCCAAAUCAACCAAACACAAAAAGCCCUAGCUCUAGCCCGUUCAGACCUCUAUAACACCACCUGUACUCAGCAAUUCGUGAAUUCAACUUUCAAUCUUUCUUUUUUCACUUCGGGCGUCGAAAAUGAAGCUCUCACGUUGAUUUACGGCUGUAAUUCUUCUCUUAUGACUGUGAAACCACAUAAUUUAUUCACCUGCAAUGCGAGUGGUGUCAAUUUCACCGAUUCUUAUUACUUGGUCGGACCGGUUCCAAACGAUCCGAUAUUGAAUCUUUUUUAUUGUAGGGUUAGUGUUAGGGUUCCGAUGCUCAGGACUGUGGGUGAUAGGCUUACUAGGAAUCGGACAACUCUUGGGGAGGCUUUGGCUGAGGGUUUUAAUCUGAGUUAUAGUGACCCGUUUGACAGACAGUGCUCAUUUUGUACUGAAUUUGGUGGGCAAUGUGGGUUUGAUACGAAUUUGGGUGAGCCAAUUUGCAUCUGUGACAACAAGCCAUGUCCUGCGCCAGAAGGCAAGAGUGAUCGGACCCGAACAGCUCUUAUUAUAGGCCUUGUCUUAGCAGGUGCAGCUGUUGCUGGCAUUGGUGCAGGAUGGUUAGUCUUCUUUUCUAGACAAAGGAGAAAACGGCUAGCCGCACAUUCUGCUGAAACUGAAAGCAAAGACCUCCUAACUAUUCCUUCAAGCAAAGGCCUUGCUACUACUCCUUCAACUGCUUUCACUCGAAGCAUCCCUUCUUAUCCCUCCUCUAAAUCUGACUUUGGAAAGGAAAGCACCUACUUUGGAGUUCAGGUCUUCAGCCACACUGAACUUGAAGAGGCCACUGAUAAUUUUGAUCCUUCUAGAGAGCUUGGAGAUGGUGGCUUUGGAACUGUUUACUAUGGCAAGCUCCAUGAUGGUCGCAUAGUUGCAGUUAAACGCCUAUAUGAGAACAAUUUCAAGCGUGUAGAGCAGUUUAUUAAUGAAGUUGAGAUCCUCACACGAUUACAGCAUGAGAACCUUGUGAAGCUCUAUGGAUGCACAUCAAAACGAAGCAGAGAACUCCUCCUUGUUUAUGAAUUUAUCCCUAAUGGAACAGUGGCUGAUCAUCUACAUGGAAGACGUGCAAAUUCUGGUCUGCUCUCUUGGCCUAUCCGGUUGAAGAUUGCCAUAGAGACCGCUGGAGCACUGGCUUACCUCCAUGCAUCGGACAUCAUACAUCGUGAUGUUAAAACGAACAACAUUCUCCUGGAUAAUGAUUUCCAUGUGAAAGUGGCUGAUUUUGGGCUGUCCAGAUUGUUCCCCAAUGAUGUCACGCAUGUCUCAACUGCUCCACAGGGGACACCUGGCUACGUUGAUCCUGAGUACUAUCAAUGCUACCAGCUCACUGAAAAGAGCGAUGUUUAUAGCUUUGGGGUGGUUUUGAUUGAGCUAAUCUCAUCAUUACAAGCGGUAGACACCAAUAGGCACCGUCAUGAUAUCAAUCUGUCUAACAUGGCUAUCAACAAGAUUCAAAAUCGUGCAUUGCACGAGUUGGUCGAUCCAACUCUUGGAUUUGAAAAGAAUACUUCAGUGAGGAGGAUGACUACGUUGGUGGCGGAGUUAGCUUUUCGAUGUUUACAACAGGAGAGGGAUAUGAGGCCUUCAAUGGAUGAAGUGCUGAAGUCUUUGAAAGGAAUACAGAAUGAAGAAUUGAAUUCCCNAGAGGGAUAUGAGGCCUUCAAUGGAUGA